AUAACAGCUGUUUGCCAAACCGCAUUUGUCAAUUUAUUUUGCUUUGCGUUGUAAAUUGAGAAAAGACAGUUAAAAUGCGCAUAACACAGUAUUUGGCUAGUAAAUUAAAAAACUUUUCUAAUCUGCCAAAGGAAUACAUUGAGCGCAGUAAGAAGCAGGUCUAUUGGCAAACACCGCGUGAAGUUAACUAUAUACCCAGCACCGUAGAGCGCAAACGCUUUCGUUACACCACAAACCGGCCAUGGACCGGACACUUCCGGCAACAGAACAUGCCGGGCACAAUGAGACGCAAAGUAUUCGUGGAGGCAAUUGAGGAUUGGAGCUACUUCCGCGGCGAUCGUAUUGAAGUGUUAGUCGGCAAGGAUAAGGGCAAGCAGGGCAUUGUCACACAGGUAAUCCCCGAGCGAAAUUGGGUAAUUGUGGAGGGCAUCAAUUGGCAUUACAGGCGCGUCGGCGCCGAGAAGGAAUUCCCUGGGAUUAUCAUAAAAUCCGAAGCCCCGCUGCAUGUCACCAAGGAUAUACGUCUGGUAGAUCCAUCUGACCUUCAGGGCACUGAAUUCGAGUGGCGUUUCACCGAGGAGGGUGAAAAGGUGCGGGUGUCUUUGCGUUCCGGUCGCAUCAUUCCCAUUCCGGAGACCAACAAUCAAACUCACGACUAUAAGACACCAAACGCGUACAUUGAGCGUGAUAAGGAUACACCCGCUGCUGUGGUGGGCGAGAUUACCUUCCAACCAAAGCUUUCCACCUUUGAUAUGGACAUUAUGGAGGAAAUGGGCAUCAAGGAGGAACGUACUCCCGUUAAGAGCUAUUGGUACUAGGACCAUACAUUAAUGCUUUGUUUAUGAUUCAAUAUAAAUACUAUUAAACAAUAGAGUUGUACAAACCUGGAGCAAUA